AUGAUCACGAGAAAAGCGAUCGUUUUUCAUUUAUGGCUGCUAUUUAUUUUGCCAUGCUACGCAAAGCAGCUAAUGAGAAGCUCAUUGAGUGAGGAUUAUUUCUCGAUUGGAGCCCAUUUGUCAGCUGAUGGGUUGAGCCGAGCGCUGAGGGGAACACUCAACGAUCUUUUGUUGCAAAACGAGGCACUGAAACAUGUCGAGUCGUUGAACUACGAGAAAAUCGAGGUUAAUCCAAUGCAAAUCCUCAACGAAAUGACUGAGGGAAUCGACGGGAAACUCGGCGAAAUCAAAAGGCAACUCUCAAAAAUCGCCGAAAACACGUCACUAGAUGGGAAAACGGUGAAAAACUCGUGUCGAUACGUCACCGAUCCACUCCGCAGCUCAAUAAAACCCAUCGGUCAGUGUUGCUCAAAUGUGGAAAAUGGAGGGAAUUUUGUGACGAAUGAGAAUCUGACAUCCAAUUUGUUGAGAGAACCAUUCGUCGACUCGUUUUUUCUCUACAAUUCACAACAAUUUGCCGAAUGUCCGCCGAGAAGGAUACCAGUGAAAAGAAGUCAUAACUGGAAAGCCAUUGGCGUCGGUUUACGGGAAGUGCAGCGACAAGAUCGGCAUGAACGAAAAGACGUGGUGAUCGCCAUCGAUUUGGGUGGAAUCACCAGCGAUGGGCAAUUGAAUCGAGUGAAAAAUACGGCGAAAUUGUUGCUCGAGCUUGGAUUGGAAAAACAUCGUUACACCGUCAUCGUCAAUACGAUUAAUGGUCUCGAGACUCAAUGCAAUUCGAAUCUCAAAACUCUACAGGAUUUCGUGGAUCAAAUCAAACUUCCCGAUGCUCACCUCAAAUCCUCGCAUCCGGAGAUUGUUGAAGCGGCGACGGGAUUAUGGGAAAAUUCGACAAAUGUCACGCAUAUUUUGCAUUACUUCUCUCGGGGAAUGUUGUCCGAGCUAUCUGAGGCGCCAAAAACUCUGGAAGUGCUAGCAAAACGAUUUCUCGACUUACCCUACCAUUUCCGUGUUAACACUUUCGCGAUCGGCGAUGAGAACCGAACUCCUCUACUUUGGUCAACCGAAUUCCUGCAAUCGAUCUCGCAACUCGAUUUCACUCGCUAUCGUCAAUCAAUGAGCGAUCAAGUGCAGCAAAGGUUCAACGGCUCCGAGCACUUUCCGACUCUGGGAAAGUUAAUAUUGCUGAAUGGCUCAGAGGCGCACGAAUUGCAAUUGAACACUUUGUUGGAGUUGACUGAGAUCGAGAAAUCGACGAAAAGUGAAGACCAAGUGUUUAGCUACUACGCGAAUGGAUUUGAGAAGUUGACUGUGAUGAGGAAUCAAAAAAAUCUUCUUAUUGGUGGCGAGUUGGAUGUGAGAAUUUUGAUUGACUCAAUCCUUACGCACAAUUUGAUCGUCUUUUCUCCAAAAGUUGCACAAUUAGAAGCCUAUUUCUUGGAUUUCACUGGAAAUGUGAUCGCUUCAAGCAAGACAAUUUCAUCAAAAGUUUCCCUGUCAGAUCUAGACGAUUGGGCAAAUCGAGAGCAUCAAGUGACCUCCAGAUUCUCGAAGCCAGAUCUCGAACGCGGCGAGUUCUCAGUGAUCACUCGAGCGAAUACCAAGAGAGAGUACUUAUGGCAAAAGCUUCACAAUGGCCCAUUCGUGGUUCUACUCGGGUACUUGAAAGGGAAAUUUCCUGAAAAGUUACAUUUGAAAGAAAGGCUGGAUCGGCAACUCGCAAAUUUCGAUCAUCUCGUCUAUUACCAAUUCAAUUUACAAAGAGAUCUCCAUCAUCAAUGCGCUUACCAUGGAUCGUUAGCAGUCUCAAAUAAAGCCUCUCUUUUUCUUUCAUUUGAUUCAUUUGAGCCAUUUGCUCGAAAAUCAGAAAUAAGCGAGCAGCUUGUGGUUAACUAUUGGGUUUAUUUAACGGAUAGGAUCGGUUUCUUUCGCUCGUCAGCGAUGAAAGAAGGGAUUCGAGAGGAGGCAGCAAUUCUAGCGAUCAUCUCCAAAAUGUGGAUUGGAUUGGAAAAAAACCCAUCAGUGAUUCGACGUUUCGCGGCCACCCGGCGCGGCCUCUUCGUCACCCAACCAGCUGCUGUGCUUGAGCCGAAAUUUGAUCCAAGAACACAGGAAUGGUACAUUUCCGCAAUGGAAUCUCCAGGGAAAAUCUCGAUUAUCGGUCCGGUGGCUGAUCCGAUUCUAGGCGAUUUUGUCAUUGUAUCGACGACGAUUAGCAUCGAGAAUCAGGAAGUGCUAGUAAUCGGUGUCGAAAUCUCGAUGUACUAUCUCACUCACAUCAUUCAACGAUCGGUUCCAUCGUGCAAUGAGGGUCGUCGCUGUCUCCUCCUUUCCAAAAACGGGAACGCGCUCUCGAUUCCCGACGAGUUGCUGAAGAAAAUCUCGGUGGAUGCUGUUGAGAGAUACCACAUCGCUCACGUCGACCCUGUGCUCGCCUCCCAUCUCCUCGCCUCUAAAUCCCUAUUCGCCAAAUCGGAGUGCAAAGACGUGAACGGGCAAUUGAACCACCAGUUCCACUUCAAUCUCACGUUUAAUCGAGUCUUGAGCAACGGUUGCUUUUCCACUGCUCCUCAUCGUCAAUCACUUCACUCCGAGGUUCUCCUCGUGCCACAAACGAAUGCCUUUCUCGUGCUCAUCAACGAAACUUGCUCAAUGGAAAGGGAAAAGGAAUCUGGGCACUUUUGCCCAUGUUCGGUCUCGGAUCGGCGGUGCUGGUUUUGCGAGCGAUUUGACGUGAAUGAGUGCGAGUGUCCAUGCUCAUGCACUUUUACUGAUAAAUCUACAUGUGGCAAAGAAGAACUAAUGCCUCCACGAGUACCCAUAUGCAGAAAUUCACCUCACACUUUCGAGCUGAUGAAAGCACCAAGUUUCCUGGAAGAAUGCCAGCCAACAAAAUGUGAGACCAUCCAGAAGCAGUUACCUUGUGAUCUGACAGCUGGUUGCACUUGGUGCCACUCUGAGAUGAAAGAGAACAAGGCAAAGGAAUUGUUGACAGCGAAAUGCCUCCCAAUUCCUCAAUGCUAUCGUGGAGUUUUGGGAAGAUCUGUGAACACUCUGAAAAGCGAGCAAGAGUCCACCCCACCACCCCUUCCCACCACUCCACUUUCACUCAUCGUUGCUCUCAUCUUCUUCAUCGUGAUUCUCAUCCUCAUCGCUACGUUAUGCUACAAGAAUAGAGUAUCUCGCCUUCGAGAACGCCGAAUCUGCUCAACUGAUCCAAGUGGAGGACCGCUUUGCGCUCGUUUCAACUCCCUAGAUCCAAAUGAGGAUUUCUAUUUUGAUCACGAGGGAUUAAGCCGGGAAAAACUCGUCGUGUUAGCGUCAUUUGAGCGCUCGAAUGGCCCAGCCAAUCGAAUAGAUCAACCACAACGCGGCCCUGUCUCAGAUCUCGGCUAUUCAACAAUGACUGAAAAAACUGGCGAAGACAGUGAUGCUGGAAUCACAUCGUCGCAUCCAACUGUGCGCCUUCGGAUGAAUGACGGAGGAACACGAGUGCCCGGUCGAUCUUGUUCAGCCCAUUUGAGUCGUUUAAUCGAAUCGCCAAAGCGUCAGAGUCGAUUCACGGAUUUUGCUCACUGUUCUCCAUACAAUGCACACAUCGAUUCAAAUAUCCCAUCGUCUUCGUCAUCAGUGGUGACAACUGAAGUCGAUAUCCAUCAACCGCCAUCAAUUUUACCACAACUGAUCGAG